UGUUGCAUAGGCUGGCCUGUAACUCCUGGGCUCAAGUGAUCCGCCUACCCCGGCACCUGGCCAUAUUCUACUUUUCAACUUUUAAAAACAUACAUUAUAAUAAAUAGCAUUAAUAAUAACUGUAUUAUUAUGGUGAAUGUUUAUAUUGAUGUUUGGAAAUGGAAAUGCAAAAUUUUCAAAGUGUAUCCUGGGUUAGAAGCUGACCUUUAAAUUUUAUUUUAUUUUAUUUUUUGUAUUUUUUGAGACAGGGCUUCUCUUUGUUACUCAGGCUGGAGUGCAGUGGUACACGAUCUUGGCUCACUGCAGCUUUGACUUCCCGAACUCAAGGGAUCCUUACUCCUCAGACCUCAAUAGCUGGGACCACAUGCACAGGCCACCACGCCCAGCUAAUUUUUGUAUUUUUUGUAGAGACAAGUUUUCACCAUUUUGACCAGACUGAUUUCUAACUCUGGAGUCAAGUGAUCUGCACACCUGGGCCUCCCAAAGUGCUGGGUUUACAAGCCUGAGCCACCACACCUGGUCUCAAUUUUCAACUUGAAAAGAAGUUAGAGCAUUGCUGUUAUAAUAGGGACAUUAUGGUCUUGUUUGCACAGAAUAAACAAAAGACUUCCUUGAACAGAUAUGAAAUCAUUGUUUGACAUUUUCCGGGAGAAUUAGAUGCCUCUGCUAAAUGCAAAUGAAGAUAAAACAAUGUCCGCCAACCUAAAAUACCUUUCCCUGGGAAUUUUGGUCUUUCAGACUACCAGUUUGGUUCUAACAAUGCGUUAUUCUAGAACUUUAAAAGAAGAAGGACCUCGUUAUCUAUCUUCAACAGCAGUGGUUGUUGCUGAACUUUUGAAGAUAAUGGCCUGCAUUUUAUUAGUCUACAAAGACAGCAAAUGUAGUCUAAGAGCACUGAAUCGAGUACUACAUGAUGAAAUUCUUAAUAAACCUAUGGAAACACUUAAACUUGCUAUUCCAUCAGGGAUCUAUACUCUUCAGAAUAAUUUACUGUAUGUGGCACUAUCAAAUCUAGAUGCAGCUACUUAUCAGGUCACAUAUCAGUUGAAAAUUCUUACAACAGCAUUAUUUUCUGUGUCUAUGCUUAGUAAAAAAUUGGGUGUAUACCAGUGGCUGUCUCUAGUAAUUUUGAUGACAGGAGUUGCUUUUGUGCAGGUAACUAUUCAAGAUAAGUAUAUUUUUUUAUCUUUAUCGUGGUUUCAAACCCUUAUUUAUUUUGUGUGGAGAAUAUGGUUCUAUUGCUUGUUGAAACCAGCAAAUGUUAUUCACCACAACUAACAUAUGUUUUGAGGGCUUCCUUUGUGUGACAUACUACAUUGGGAGUGUAAGUAAUACAGAGGAAUUAAUCAAAAUAAAAUUAUAUUACCUACAGAAAUGAACAUUCUAAUUAGGGAAAUAAGACACUGCAUUUUAAAGAAAUGCAGUUGAUUUUUGCUGGAUAUCUGUAGCAUUUGAGAUUAUUAGCCACUCCCUUUUUAUUUUCUAUCAGCUUCACGAUACCAUUUUUUCCUGGUUCUUUUAUCUUUCCAAUGAUUCCUUGUUGGUUUUCUUCAUAGGGAUCUCUUCUGUGAGACUCCCUUUAAAUACUGGGGUUGCUUGCAGGUUUGUUAUUUCUUCUAAGGUAUACUUUUAUUUUUGGAGAUUUCAUCUAUUCUGGGGGGGUGUUAAUUUUAAUUUUUUUUUUACUUUUAAA